AUGAACAGUUCUCGAGGACGAGCAAGGAAACGAUCCCUUUGGAACACCCAAAUCUCGGAUCUUUUCUGGCCUAUAGCACUACUGCCAGGCCUUGUCUCCGCUUAUCAGCCCGUAUACUUCGGCUCCCGACAAUCGUCGCCCUUUCUUCCCCCCCAGAUCCCUUUGGCGGAUUCCCCAUCGCUUUCCGGGAUCCAUGAAUUUACACUUCGCCACAUAUACCAUCGAGGGACGUAUCAAGACCCUGAUCUCCACCUAAGGCUCGACAUUCACCCAGAGACCCGUCUGCGGGCGGUCUCAGAGGAUGGCCUUGAAUCCGAACCUAUCACUGUAACAACCCCGCUCGUUGCAUCAUCCGAACCACUUACCAUUCAACGACUCGCAGACCGACGUCUUUCAGUAAUCGAUGAUUACUUACUAGCCGCCCGGUCCUCGGGAUCGGCAGUAGCUUUGUCACCCGAUGCCUGGGUUAUGGAUACUUUGCCCGGUCCGAAUGUAACAGACAAGAAAACCGUUAUCACUAUGGCAAUGAUGACUGCAAAUGAUUAUAUCGAGGAGCCAGGGACGGGUGACUGGCAGGAUGUGCAUGGUCGCUUUAACCAUUCCGGAAGCUUUGGGUGGCAGGGUGACGGGCUCCGAGGGCAUGUCUACGCCGAUCAGACAAACAGUACUGUGGUAAUCUCCAUUAAAGGAACGUCACCAGCGGUCUUUGAUGGAGAGGGCACCACCACGAACGAUAAAAUCAACGAUAACCUCAUGUUCAGCUGCUGCUGUGGCCAGGGAGGGUCAUAUCUGUGGCGUCAGGUGUGCGACUGCCAGACAUCGUUGUAUACGGCAAAUCUCACCUGCAUCGUCGAGGCAAUGCAGGACGAAAAUCGAUACUACCGUGCCUCGCUGGAUCUCUACUCGAAUGUAAUCGAAAUGUACCCAGAUGCCAAUGUAUGGCUAGCAGGUCAUUCCUUAGGAGGUGCUGUGGCUAGCCUACUCGGUCUCACAGUAGGCGUACCAGCUGUGACUUUCGAGGCUGUUCCGGAGGCCCUUCCCGCCGCUCGCCUUGGUCUUCCCAGUCCUCCCGGCCAUGACUCGAGGUUUCCCCAGUCGCGCAAGUUCACCGGAUCUUAUCAUUUCGGGCACACGGCGGACCCUGUGUACAUGGGUACCUGCAACGGCGUUAGUUCUGCCUGCACGUGGGGUGGCUAUGCUAUGGAGUCUGCAUGCCAUACCGGUCAGAUGUGCGUGUAUGAUACCGUGGAAGACAAAGGUUGGCGCGUUGGUCUCAACAGACACCGAAUCAACUUCAUCAUCUCCAAUGUUCUCGAUGGCUAUGAUGAGUUGCCGCCUUGUGCUCCCGAGGAAGAAUGCUAUGACUGCGAGCUAUGGAAGUUCUUUAGCAGCAACGGCUCCGAGAUUACCACGACGACAACUUCAGCCACAUCUACGUCGACUUCUUUCUCCAGUACACGAACAUCGACCUGUAAGACCCCAGGGUGGUGGGGCUGCUUGGAUGAGACUACCACCACAGAGCCGACGUCCACGUCUACGUCAACAUCCACAUCAACUUGCAAAACCCCAGGAUGGUUCGGCUGUAAAGACCCGACCACCACCUCGGACGCUACCAGCAAACCAACCAUCACCACCACCGAACCUGCUGCGCCAACCACCACAUGCAAGACUCCCGGCUGGUUCGGCUGUCGCGACCCCACCCCAACACAUACUCUGACGUCCAUACCCUCCAAGACCCCCCCUCCUGAUACAACUUCGAAAUGUGGAAAA